AUGAAGUCUUACGUAGCAGCCAGAAAUGUCGAUUUCAAGUUUUCUACCGUUUCAAAAUGGUGCGACGCGUUUUUCAAUAACUUUACGCCCGUAGAAUGGAAAACUAGGUGCGAGCAUGCAAAAAAAAUUGAGAUAGAGUUUAUGCAGCAAGAUCUCGCUGUUGAUAGAGUUGUAGACGAAGUUGUUAUCCAUUUAAAUGAAGUUGACAGUGAUAGCGACUUUCUCGAGACCGAAACUGAAGAUGAAGAUGCCGAAGAACGGAGCGAUGAAGCAGAAGGGGAAUCUAGCGGAAUUUUGGAUGUACAGUCUAGCAACGUCAGUUUAAGAUGGGAAAAACAGGUUGCACCGUAA